UUGGCUCUGUGUAAAGUGAAACAUGGACCAUUUCAGAUAAAACAUUGUGGAAUGUGCACUGGUGGACAUAUUAAAGUAAACUCAGUCUUUGGCACUUCUAAGUGCAAUGCUUGCUGCAUGUGUUUUGUUGUGAGUAGGAAUUAAAUCAAUAAUUGCAACAAGUGACCCUAGUGUUUAACCUGCUAAUGCCGCAAUAAAUUUACUACAAAAAGUUUCAAAUAACACCUUAGGAUGGAUCCAUCAUGUUCACAUUCCAAGUGUGACAUAUAUGAAGGGACGAAUAAUGUCCCUCUCGAAAGCAAUUCAGAGGAUAAGACUGAUAUUGAAUGCUUAGAUAAGAAGUCUAGCACGCAGGACAAUGGCCAUCAAAUAGAUGACCUGGAAAGGGCAGAUUUUGAAGAAGAGAAUAGGAUAAUCAAACAUGUAACAGGAAUGUUUGUUGACUCCAAAAUCGCUGCCAAUCAGCGUUACUCUGGGUCACUGUCCAGUGCUAAUUCGAGCCUAGCAUCCAGUUCGGAGACCAUAUCACACCUACCCAGCGAUUAUAGCCUUCCUGGGUGCAGCAAAUCCUUGAUUUGUGAAGAUAGCAAUACUACAAUUAAGAACAUGAUUCAUUCAAGAAAACCGUACGUAGAAGAGCCGCAGAAGGAAGAUUUUAUGCAGAAAUUGUUGAAUAGCAACCCUGAGGAGAAGAAGGACUUUCCUAAGGGUAAGAUGUAUAAAGCAGAACCUGAUCUAUUGGAGAAUGAAGCAGAAGGUUGUGAAGGUAGAGGCGGGCCCUCUGGUAGAACCAGUUCGAAUGCUUCUAGUAUUGGGAGUUCAGGCUCUGACAGCACUAAGGACUUUACGGUACCUUCUACGUCGAAUGCUGAGAAGCUGCUUGGGUUGGAUGAUAGCAGCAAAAACGAACCAGGCAGUUCCAAACCAUCUGCGUAUAUGGGGUACUGCGAGGCAGAUGAUGAUUCUGAAGACGAUGGCAAUGAAGAAGCUUGGUGCACUUGCCUGUCUUCUCAUGAGGACGAUGAUGACGACGAUGAACCUGAACCGGAGCCAGAAAGGUUAUGGAGAAAGAGACGCUAUGAGCCACCGCCGCCACAGAGCGCCAAGAAAUUCUGUCCCGAAGGGCCUUCGUCUUCCAACUCUCAGGAUAGCGGCUGGAAUUUAGCUCUCAACAACGCCAACGUCCAAGGACCGCCCGAGAUUAAGCAGUGGCUUAACAAAUUCCAAUCUUGGACCAACAACGAGAAGUUCCAAGCUAUAGACGCGUUGAUCAGCCGCUGCGGUAACAGUCAUGUGCGGUACAUGAUGAAAUCCAUAGAACCUCUAUUCCAAAGGGAUUUCAUUUCUCUACUGCCGAAGGAAUUGGCAUUGACUGUGUUGGGCUAUCUGCAACCUAAAGAUUUGCUUAGGGCCGCCCAGACUUGCCAGUACUGGAGAUUCUUAGCGGACGACAACUUACUAUGGAAAGAGCAAUGCCGUCGGAUCGGCAUCACUACUUUGAAGAAGAUGCCCCGUUCCCUUCCCCGCUGCGCGUCACCAUGGAAGGCCGCGUACAUGCGGCAGUACCUCAUAGAGAACAACUGGCUCCACAAGCCGGUCAACAACCCGAUCAUAAUGAGAGGCCACGAUGACCACGUGAUCACCUGCCUUCAGUUCUACGGCAACCGGAUUCUCAGCGGCAGUGAUGAUACGACGCUGAAAGUCUGGUCGGCUGUCACCGGCAAGUGCCUCCGUACCCUGGUGGGUCAUUCAGGCGGCGUUUGGUCGUCCCAAAUGGUUGGCGACCUCGUGAUCAGCGGCUCCACGGACCGCACACUUCGCGUGUGGAACGCAAAGAGCGGACAGUGUCUCAAAGUUCUCGCCGGCCACACGUCGACUGUUCGCUGCAUGCAUUUGCAUCAAGACAGGGUCGUGUCCGGGUCACGUGACGCAACCCUACGCGUCUGGUCCGUCUCCGAGGGCCGCUGCGUACGCGUGCUGGUCGGCCAUCUUGCGGCCGUGCGGUGCGUACAAUACGACGGAAAAGUCGUCGUCUCAGGCGCGUACGAUUACUUCGUAAAAGUGUGGAAUCCCGACACUGGGGAGUGCCUUCACACACUGGCGGGACAUACCAACAGGGUGUAUAGCUUGCAGUUCGAUGGCGUACACGUAGUGAGCGGCUCCCUGGACACAUCUAUCCGCGUUUGGGACGUUGAGUCUGGGCAACUGAAGCAUAUGUUGACUGGUCAUCAGUCCCUCACCUCCGGCAUGGAAUUGCACUCUAACAUCCUGGUUUCUGGCAACGCUGACUCCACGGUCAAAGUGUGGGAUAUUACCACAGGGCACUGCCUUCAUACCCUGUCCGGUCCCAACAAGCACCAAUCGGCGGUGACCUGCCUGCAAUCGAGCAACCGCUUCGUGAUUACCUCGUCCGACGACGGCACCGUCAAACUGUGGGACCUUCGCACUGGCGAGUUUAUCCGAAACCUCGUCGAACUGAGCUCGGGCGGGUCCGGCGGCGUAGUAUGGCGGAUCCGCGCUUCCGCCACCAAGCUCAUCUGCGCCGUCGGCUCCCGCAACGGCACCGAAGAGACCAAACUGCUCGUCCUCGAUUUCGACGUGCCAGGCGCUUGCAGGAAAUGUGACGAAUAGCAUAGACUAAAUCGGCGCCUCUUGCGUCGCUACGCCAACCUUUACGCGCCGUGGCACUGCUAAGGCCACCUAUUCCGGAGGCGCGAGACUCGCGGACGUAUCACAGAAGGGUUAUGGUGUUUCUUGGACUUCUGUUUGACAGUUUUCGUUGUUGUUGUGGUCGUUUUCGCAAUAUUUUCGGUUUUCCUGCGGUUCGGUAAGUACUCGAAGAAAUUGAAGUAGGAAUUUGUGUUUAUGGAACCAAUGUCAUUAGUUUUGCUUCGAUAAAUACUUUAUAUGCUUUAGAUUGAAUGAUUGACAGACAUCUUCUGGGGUGAUUUUAUUGAUCGUACCACUCGCUUGUAACAGUGAUUUCUAGUGAUGAUAUCGAAAGCUAAUUUGAUAUUGAACUAUUGAUCAAUUCGGUCAGUUUUAAUGAUGAACCGUAUGGCACCCCAGAAUUAGCUAGAUAAAAGGACUGCUUACCAAAUAACAUGAGAAUAUUCUAAAACGUUUUAAAACUUUCUCACCGUCAUGCUGAUAUGUAGACAAUCAUAUGGAAUUGAAUAAUGAUAUCGCGACGGAACAGAUAAUUUUAAAACGUUUUGAAUACUCUAGCGUUAACUUCAAUUUGAUGGAUGACCCCGUCUGCGGACUUCAUAAUUAUUUUAAUUUGAAGUGAUAACGAGUGAACGUACGUUUUUGGACGGAAUAAAUUCGUUCGCGCGUCUUUCGCCUUUGGAAUUAAGGUUGUCAGUGCAGUGGCUAAUUCAAGACUACCCACCGGAACGUUUAAGUGACGUAGGCGCGUACAGAUCUAUAGGAUAUUCAAAUGUGCUUAAAGGCUAAUUCACGAUGGCGUCAUUAUAUAGACUUGUGGGUGUUUUAGUAUAGCACUGAUGCUAUGCAAGAGUGCAGAAUGCUGACUUUCUGCACUUUUUGAGCAUCUAAAAUAAGAUUUCGACCGACCCAAUUAAUGUUCUUCUUAAACAACAUAGAAACAAAUGCAUAUGUAUGUUACUACAAGUCUGUAAAUUGGCGCGUCAGUUAUUAUUACUAAUGGAGCUACGGAAAUGCAUGCAUUUUGUUUCGGACACUACACAAGGAACAUUCUAACACACAGAUUGUGUGACCUGGAAGAAGUAAAUUCUCCAAGACUGUUAAUUAACUAAUUUAUUUUAAUUAAACUUUAUGCACAUGGACUUAAUGCCACAAGGCAUUCUCUGCCAGUCUUACACUAAUAUAUAAUAAAUCAAGUAAAGAUCUUUCCGUGUUGUAAUCAAUCAAAUUCAAAAUCAAAUCAAGAAUGAUUAAUAACUUUUACAUAACAAUCUAUAUCAAUAAAUAUAAUGUUUGAUCAAGCUGUAUUUUGUGUUUUGUUUUCAACGUUUUUAGCGUUGGUAUCUCAUUUAAUAAUAUCUCUAGUGGAGAGAUCUUCUUCAAUUUCACGUCCGAUAAAAUGUACCAACCCUGUGCCUGAAACGAAUGUUUACUUUUGCGAUGCACCAUACGGAUAAUUCACAGUGGCGUAGAAUUGUAGCAGUUCUUUUGGAGGAUAUCAUAUAGGGGAAAGACAACAUUCUGAAAUAGAUAUAAUGAACUGUCUGGAGCAUUGGUGUAUAGCUAAUAAAAAAAAAGAACUCAAGAGUUUCGAGUACCAAAAUUAGAUAUAUAAUAACUUAAUAAGAACCCCAUUAUUUUUUAGUAUUUUUAUGUGAAAACUCACAUAAAAACACUGCUACAUUCGCUCCAAAGUGAAUGAUCUCCACUAUAUCAUGUCAAAUAGUUGUAGAAUGUACUCAUCUGUAGGUUCAAAUGGUGGCCCAACUCACAUUGCCAAAAUUCUGUAAGUUACAUGCUCCAUUAUUCCAAAGAAUUAAUAAAGAAAUUGGAUUUUUAGCUCUUAAGUUUACGUUAAGGUGCCUUGACAACUUUUGUUGUUUCUUAUAUAUUUAUGCGGUUGUUUUAUUCAAUUUUACUGCUCUUUUUGUUUUUUGUCUUCGAUUACAAUAACUAUAUGUAUACUUAAGUUUUCUCUUGUCAUUGUUUUCUUUUUCUCGAUUGAUGCUAUUAUAUAUUUUAACCUCAUUUGUAUCGAUGAUUUUCAAAAGCGAUUAAAUUAAUAUGAGAAUGAAUAUUUUACAUCAGGACUAAAAUAUAAUACAGAAAUGUAUCACCGAAUAACGAUUACAUUUAAAUACAUAAUAAUGUGUACACACAAUAUUCGAACUAAAUUCUCUCUCAAAGAGAAGAUAACUUAGAUGUUAACACCAUAUAAUAUACUUACCUACUCCAAAUUCAUUAUAGCCAUUUAAUAACUAUGAAUACACGAUAAAUGUUUUACUGUGAAUUGAAUAUAUUAUUAAUCGCAGAUAUGUAAUUAAGAGCAACUCGGUCGCUUGAAUCCAUGUUUCUCAUUUCUUACUAGUCCGCGUUAAACUUUAAUAUCUCAUGAAAUAACUCCGCAAUUACUCAUAGGAAAUCGAAAUAACUUGUACCUACUCCAUUUUAUUAAUAGUUGUAUAAUUAUCUCUUUAUCCGUCAUAGAAUAAGACCUCUUACAAUUAUAAUCGAAUUUUAAUCGCAUAUAUAUAUGUAUAAUAUUACAAUACAUUCGCUGUAAGCUAACAAUAUCUAUUCUUAUGUCCAUUUCGGCCAACUUAUCUUGUUUACUACCUUUAUGUUUAUUUUUUCAUUGUUCACAUUUUAUUUCUUGUCAUUAUUAACUACUAUAUUUUUUUUUACUCUUAAGUUGUGGUUGUGCAAAGUGGCAGUAAUUCAAGUAAAACAACAACUGUUAUAUUUAAUACCGGCGUUUUUGUCAACGGCUUCUCCGUUUCAUUGUAACCCAAAUAUAAUGGGCGUUCUUUCCCCAUAGACAAUACUCAAGAUGUCGAAGUAUGUUAAAUAGAGCUGUAUAUUAAAUAAAAAUUGUUAAAACUAUGAAUUCACUGCCACUGUGAAGAGCAUCAACCACGAAUUAGUUUGUUUAAGUGUUACUUGUAAACUUGUCCAAUUUUCGUAAAAGGCCAGCAUUGUCCCUAUCGUCAUAAGUCAGUUAAGAUAAUUGUAACUCUAUUUUUUAUGUAUUACAUGUCAAACUCGUAAUAAUACCGAAUUAAGAUACGAAUCUUUGAUAAAAGCUCGUAGCAUAAAACUUUUUUUUUAUAAAUUAGUUUUUGGCUAUUUAUCAACGUUUCAAAAUGUUGCCAGAUUGUUGUUUACUAAUACUUCCCUUUUAUAAUGUAGAACUAAUUUAUUUGAUUAUAAUAACCCAUGUCUCUUUGAAAUCAUGAUUUUGUACAUUCGCAACGGACUGGCAACAUUGUUAUACUAAGUUUGAACAUUUGUUGUAUAUAUAAAUAUGUAUAAUGUCAUUGAAGGGCGUCUGUACGCAUCUCUUCUAUGAUGGCUGUAAUAAAUAAAUUAAAAAGACUGAAGCAUAGGUAUAGUGUAAUAUUGUAUUAAGUAUGUACCGACCACCAUUACUAGCCAAUGCCUUUGAUCCGUUCAGAAAUCUCUGUUAAGAUGUUCCAAUUAGUUAUGUUUAAUUUAGUUUUAGUGUAUAGAUACUAGUUUCACUUUGAAUUUGUAGGCGAAUUGAUUGUGGAUUUAGUAACGUACUCUUUGGUACACUUUCGCGACCAUGUUUAAGGGAAGAGGUGAAAAAAUAAAUGUAUUACAGAAGUUAUAAAUACUUAAUUCCAAAGAAAUCAGGAUAAGAAAUUAAUAUACUUGACUUCCCAUUAACAUUGUAUUCGAACGUUAGGUCCGUAUGCCUUUUAGGAAUCUGAUAUUAUGAUAAUCAAUUUGGAUAUGGUUGUUAAAAUGAAUAAAAGAGUACACAGCAUUAUUGUAUUUCCAUUUAUUUUAUUAAUUGCAUGUAUAGGUAACCCUUUUUGAAUUAUACUCCGCAAUCAAUUGGCCUUGAUGGUCGGAUAUGCGCCUGAAAAUCUUUCACAACGAUAUCGAUUCGACAAAAGUACUUAUAGAAACUUAUGGAGGUUUCAAAAGAACAAAAUUUGAGAUACCUAUGUAUAAAUUAAAUUGUACCGUAGAGAACGGUUUGAUAUCGGGAGUCGGUAUAGUUUGCGAAAGAUGUAUGUGGCUUUCCACCAAAGUCGUGCGAUGUGUGAUGAAUCAAUCUUUAUAAUAUUCUUUACUAUUAGGGCUUUUGGCCGAAACAACUAGCCUAUUUUCGAUAUACCUAUUUAUAUUAAAAAAAAUGUAAUGUAUGGUUACGUGCUCCGAACAAUACAAAAAUAGUAACCAAAUAGAGGAAGUAAGUUUUACAAUCCAUCCAAUGACUGAUUCUUAUAGUGACAACUUCAAGUUUUUUAUGCGCUUGACUUAUUUUCGAUGUAAGGUAACUAGCGAACAUUACAGACUCUACUUGCGAACAUUUCGCAUACCCGCGUUUAGCGCGCGCCCGCGUCUUUGGUAAAAAGCCAGCCUAAGCGCUUCAAAACAACAUUCAAUCUUAAUGACUAUAAAUAAUUCUAAGUCCAAUAUUAUACAUUAGCAACUGAUUUGCCAUUUUCGCUGUAUAAUCCGUAUAACCGUAUAUCAUAAAUGUCUGUAUAAUGGCGAUUGUAACAUGUAUUUCAGAUUUUUGCCCGUUUGGGGUUUUGUUAGGCGAUAGGCCCACCUUUGUGGUUUUCUACAAUAGCAACAAUACUUUUGUAGUUUAGCAGGCUAUGUAUAUUAGGUUUAUAAGAAAAGACGACCAUUAGCAAUUGAAGUUGGUGUAGUAAUGACAUCGACAGAUUCUUUUGGUGGGCCCACCGUUUUGACAUUACCUAUAAUAGGUCUGGUCAGUUAAUAUAAAAAUGUAGCGUGAUUUAUAUUAUAGAGAACAGUUAUACUGUCGUAUAUAUCAAGUCGUACUUUAGUAAUUUUGGCGUUUAGUAAAUCGCCGGUGAUUCGCAAUAUUUUAACAUAUAAACUACCUAAUUAUAUUAGGCGCGACAAUAUAUAUAAUGUAUUUUUACCGAUAUCCUUGAUAAAUAUUGUGUAGAGGAUAUUCAAUUUAUCAGUGUAGAAAACAAUUUCAAUAUCUUCGAUGUAACGACAAAGAAACUGUUUUGUAUGGCAAUUGGCUUAAAAUUAUUUCCAUCAUUCCCAUAUUUUUAUCGAAACAGGGAUGCAACUUGUAAUAUUUGUGACAAGAAAAUGUAAAGUCGUUAUUAUAUUCAAAGAAAUCUCAUUGUAUUUAACGCAAAUACGCGUUGUAACAUGUGUAUUGUGUAAUGAUGUUUUUAUUUUCCUUGAUAAUCAUUAUAAAUUACUUUAUAAGCACAUUAAUCAGAAGCUUUAAAUAACUGUACUCCACAUUUGAUGUAUACAAAAACGUAUCUGAACACUUGUAGAUUUUGUGAACUCCAUUUUAAUACACGCUCCUUAACUGUAUCGGACUUAGUCCAUCAUAGGAUAUGUGAAUGAUAUAACAAUACCCCGUGGGCCGUAGUUAUAGAAAUAUUUGGAUAAUCAAUAAAUCAGGUUGAUUCAGAUUCUUCUUUUCUUGUAGUUGACUAAAGAACAAAUUACUUAGUACUCAUAACAUGCUCUUUUACACGAGUUGUAGUCAAGAAGCAGUUUUCUCUUAUUAUUCUUCUUCUUCUUCUUCUUUAUCUUCUUCUUCUUCUUUAUCUUCUUCUUCUUCUUCUCUUAUUAAUCGUAUACUCAGUGUAAAGGGGCCAUAACAACUGAUAAUACGAUCGUAAUAAAAUUAACGGCCGUGAAGCCGUGCAGCAUAUGAUCGUUCUUUUUGUUAUUAUUUUUCACUUUAUAGGCAUUCUCUUAAUUUGCUUAAUGUAUUAUUAUUGAUAAAUAAAUUCAGUUGUUUUCA